AUGGCACUAAUGCAAGUGCCUCAGAUUGAUCAGCUUGUAAUUGUCGAUAGUGCACCAAUUGAUGCUCGCAUGUCAAAAGAGUUUGAUAAUUAUGUCGAAAUAAUGAAAAACAUUGAGCAAAUUGGAGUCGUAAAACAGAGUCAAGCUGAUGAAAUAAUGAAAAUUCCAGAAUCAGAAACAUACAAAUUUCGCAUUCCACUAGACGUGCUUGGAAAUUCGCUUAAAACAUUGCACGGAUUCCCUUUUGAUCCUGCUCGUCACACUUUUCAUAAAAGUACACUUUUUGUUGCUGGAACCAA